GUCCCGGGAGGAGGGGCCCGUUCCCGGCCCGUUCCCGGCCGUGCGCAGAGCCGGGCGAUGGCGGCGGGGCGGGCGCGGGUGUCCCGCCUGCUGCGGCAGCUGCAGCGGGCAGCUUGUCGGUGCCCGAGCCAUGGCCACACUUAUUCCCAAGUUCCUGAACAGCCCACUCUGGGGAAUACAGACUAUGCCUUUGAGAUGGCCAUUUCAAACAUCCGCUAUGGAGAAGGAGUUACCAGAGAGAUUGGCAUGGACCUGCAGAAUCUUGGUGCUAGAAGAGUUUGUUUGAUGACAGAUAAAAACCUCUCCAAACUCCCUCCUGUAAAUGCAGUAUUGAAUUCCUUGGCAAAAUCUGGUAUAAACUUUCAAAUAUAUGAUAAUGUCCGUGUGGAGCCAACAGACCAAAGUUUCCUGGAUGCCAUUCAAUUUGCUAAAAAGGGAGAGUUUGAUGCCUAUGUUGCUGUUGGAGGUGGCUCUGUGAUAGACACCUGCAAAGCUGCCAACCUGUACGCAGCCAGCCCUUCCUCAGAAUUCCUGGAUUAUGUCAAUGCUCCUAUUGGGAAAGGGAAGCCGGUCACUGUGCCCCUCAAGCCACUCAUUGCAGUUCCUACAACAUCUGGCACUGGAAGUGAAACCACUGGUGUUGCCAUUUUUGACUUCAAAGAACUAAAAGUUAAAACCGGUAUUGCUUCAAGAGCCAUUAAGCCCACGUUAGGCAUCAUUGAUCCUUUACACACACUGUCUAUGCCUGAACGAAUAGUGGCCAACAGUGGCUUUGAUGUGCUUUGCCAUGCCCUGGAAUCAUACACGGCUCUCCCUUACCACCAGCGCGGUCCCUGCCCCUCCAAUCCCCUGCACCGCCCGGCCUACCAAGGCAGCAACCCCGUCAGCGACGUCUGGGCUCUGCACGCUCUGCGCGUUGUGGCCAAGUACCUGAAAAGAGCCAUCAGAAACCCUGAGGACCGCGAAGCAAGAGCCAACAUGCACCUUGCAAGUGCUUUUGCUGGUAUUGGCUUUGGCAAUGCUGGUGUUCAUCUCUGCCAUGGAAUGUCUUACCCUAUUUCUGGUUUGGUGAAAACUUAUAAACCAAAGGAUUAUAAUGUGGAUCACUCUUUAGUGCCCCAUGGCCUUUCUGUGGUGCUGACAUCCCCAGCAGUGUUUGCUUUCACAGCACAGAUACAUCCUGAGAGGCAUUUAGAAGCUGCAGAGAUUCUAGGAGCUGACAUCCGCACUGCCAGAAUCAAAGAUGCGGGGCUUAUUUUGGCAGACACACUCCGGAAAUUCCUGUUUGAUCUGAAUGUUGAUGAUGGCUUAGCUGCAAUUGGUUAUUCCAAAGCAGACAUCCCUGCAUUAGUCAAAGGCACUCUGCCUCAGGAGAGAGUGACUAAACUAUCACCACGUCCCCAAACAGAAGAAGACUUAUCUGCUCUCUUCGAGGCUUCCAUGAAACUUUAUUAGCUUAAACAUGUUCUGGAAAGUGUGGUCUAUUCUAACACAGAGGUAGUUUCUCAUAGAUACGGGACUGAACUUGUUUAGAGCAUGGAAAAAUUUGGGUAACUUUGACUUCUGUUCCAUUGUACACUGCCAAAAGGUCACAUAAUUCAUCUUUAACUAAACACUGCUUUGAAGUGAGGGCUUGACUGUGGUUUCUUUCUUGCUCAGUUGUCAGUGACAUUGACUUGCAUAAAAGUUGGAGCAGAUUUCUUGCAUUACUGAAGGCUUUUUUGUGCUUCAGAGGUGGUCAAAGGUGGAAAAAUGUUCUAAGGGAUGUUUCAAGCCAUUUUGCAAAUUAUGCUUCUAUUUAAAUUAUCCAUAUUUUGUUUUAAAAAGGCAUGCUAGUUAAGAAAUAAUGAAGGUCAUUUUUAAUUAGGGAGGGGAAGUGCCCUGCAGAAAAUGUCAGCUUACUGUAUUCUGUUCUGCUUUAUCAUCUUUUUACCAUCUGGCUUUGCUAAGAAGGUUGUUGAACUGGGGUGCUUUUUCAUUGUUUGAUUAAGAAAAAUCUGUACACUUCAUAGCUGUUUGGAAAAGACUGCUUGGAAAUUUGGUUUGGGUUAAAAUUCUGACAGAUAUUGUCAUGUAUUUAUCUUUCCUCUUAUAAUCUCUAUAAUUUAUCUUUCCUUUUAUGCUCUAUAUGGGGUGUUAAUCAGAGGAGUAAAACCAGAGUAGAGCAUGGUCACACACUCAACAGAAACCACAUCACAGUAAGACAACAUCCAUCAUGGUCAUUCUGUCUGGCUGGAGGCAACAUCCCCCCUUUCCUGCUGUGUUCUGUGGAAAGAAGCUCUCAACUGUAUCUUGCUUUGCUGUGAAUCAAUUGCUUCUGCUGAGCUCCUGCAGGUGUUGUCCCUCAGAGUGCAGCCACCAGCCUGAGGAAGUGGCUGUGUGCUGUGGUUCAAUAUUAAAAAGAGGUGGUGAAGCAUUUGGCUGCACAGUGCCCCAGGGGGAGCACUGGUUAGAUGUGGGAAUGAGCGUGCACCUUCCGAGCAGUUAACCAGCUGGUUGGCUGUCAACUGAGAAAGGGAAGUGGGGAAGGGAGAAAGGAAACUAACAUUUUAAUAUUAUUUUAAUAUUAUUUUCCUUUAUUUAAAAGGUCCACGUGGUUGUGUAUACAAUUUGUUUAAAUCAGAUUCUGCUUCACAUUGGACUCUUUCAGCAUCUGAUUCAUGCUGCUACCACAGCACAAGACAAAUGAGAGAAGAGCCCUGUGACUUCUGGUGUGCAUAUUUCUUUCUGCUGGGGAGGGAGCACUUUUCAGUCACCCUGCUGAAGUAGAAGGCUCUAUGUUUGUAUUUGUGUGAUCAAAGUAGUGCUGUCCUAGCAUCUGAGGACAGAUGUGUACUGGAUAUUGGCACUGGAUUUCAGGGCUGUUAAACAGCUGGGUGGAUACUGGUUGAAGACAGAUUGUUUUCAGUAUCAGAACAGGUUUGGUGGCCAUAGGACUGCAUUGCUACUGUGUGAUGCACAUGUGAUCUCCGUGUCCUUCUGAACCUUCCCCUCUGCUGAAACUGCCCACAAGUACCUCUGUCAUGAAGGCUGAUGUUGCAAUGGCAAGGGAUUCACUUCAUUAUAUUGUGCAAAGCUGACAUGUUUAAAAAAAAAAGAAAAAAAAAAAGUUUGUCAAAACUUUUUGUCCAACCCUGUUGUCCACAGUCAGGCUGGAUGAGGCUCUGAACCCAGUCUAGUGAAAGAUGCUCCUGCCCGUGGCAGGGAGAUUAGAACUAGAUCUUUAAGAUCCCUUCCAGCCCAAACCAUUCUAUGGUUCUGUAUAAACUUUUGGCCUGUUGUGUCUUUCCACUCCUGUCUUUCUUCAGUCUGUGGUACAGUACAGAUUCAUGAAGAGACAAUCUUUUUGUCCAGGAACCUAAUUCAUGGCAGUCCUGCUGUGUUUGGGGGGAAUAUACUGUCUGGAAAACUGAGCAGCAUGUGAUCUCAUCACUGCAGCAGAGCACUCUGAUGGGCUGCUUAGGGAGGUAGGAUAACUUCUUCCAGCACACUUUUUAUCUGCCUUUUAUGUCAAUAUUGCAGGCUCCAUUUUCAACUGACAGAACCUCACACUUAGGUUCCUAUACCAGGUAACCUGCAGUUCCUGAUGGUUUAUAAAAUAAACCUCAUGCCCUCUUUGAUACCCAUCGUUUACAGAUGAGACAAAGAGAUUUAUGUAAUACCUAACCUAACAUGAGCAGAUGGUGCUGUAAGAAGGGACAUUUCUGUUUUCCUCACCUCUUUGGCUGCAUCAAGAGGUCUUCAACUGCCUUAAAUUGGUUGUGAAAUCCCUCCCACAGACAUCAGUUACAUGUGAAAAUCUCUCUCAUGGACAUCAGUCUCCACCACCAAUUAUUAGUUACUAGUAGGGAUUUUCUGUGGAAAAAUCAAGAGAGCCCAAGUUGCCCCAGAAUGCUGUCAUUCAAAUAGUGAUGAUGUGACAGGGUGUCACAUCCUGGCUCCUGGGCAGUGGUAGUUUUAUUCACAGCUGAAGAGCUACAUGGGGUUUUUCAUGUGUUAUCUCACUAAUUACUCUGUACUGGUAUUUCUGUGGGGACCUGGGGUAACACUGUAAUUGUGAGUGCCCAGUGGUGGUUGGGCAUGUGUGUGAAAUCUGGGAGGCUCGUUCUUGUGGCUCCUGUUGCUGCAGUGUUACUCAAACCCUCUGUGAUGGAGCUGUUAGUUUAGAUUGUGCUGAAAUGCAAAUAACAAAAAUAAAGCUUGUUUGAGAGCAGCAUUUAA